GAUUUUUAGUAGAAUUAUGUCUGUUGAGGAUAGAAGCAAGAGUAGUGUUGAAGGAGAAAAUGAUGGAACUGAAAUAUCUCAAUCAGUUAACUUUGAUGACAAUCAUUUGGAGUUGUCUUCAGCAGUGACCAUUGAAUCUGAUGCCAUUCAAGCAUCAAUAAAUGAUUCAUCCUUGGCUGCAAGGAUUCCUCUGGAUGAGGAACAAGCUGAGAUGAGGACCACAGUAUUAUCUUCGCCAAAAAUAAACGUGAAAUCUGACAAUGCUGCUGGUAUUAUAAACCCUAGGGAUGAUACUACAUCAAAUAGCUUGGAUAUUCCUUCUGUAGUUCCAUUAAAUGUCAGUGAUGAAGAUAAUAGUUGUAAAGUUACGAAUUGUAUUACUAGUGAUAGCUGUGAUGAAACUUCUUUCAAUGUGAAAACCAAGUGCCACUAUCCUUCAGCUGCAGUGUCUGACAGUGGUUCUGAGUUGCCUUCUUUAGGAAUUCUUGUUGUGGAUGACAGUCAUGGUGCCAUGAGCUCUUCUUCUAAAAGUGUCUCAAGAGUUGCAGAAAAUGAAACCAUGAAGUCUGUAUCUGCCAAAAUUAGAAUGGAACGAACUAUUGAUGAAACGGAAAGUAGCAAAAAAUCGGAGGAGUCUGAAGAUUUGAAAGAAGUUUUGAAAUUAUCUUCAAGCUUAGCAGUUGAUGUUGACCAAUGUCCCAACAAAUCUGAGGCUGCCUGUCUGAUCACAACUUCUCCACCUGAAUUGGAGGAACCGGGAGCUAGGAGGAAAUCUGAGCCCCUACCUCCACCUGCAGCUGUAGUGCCCCCACAUGAAGUCCUUCACAGAGUCAAGAAGAUCAAAUUCAAAGGAAAGGAAAUUCCAAUUAUUACACAGAACAACAAUGGUCCUUGCCCUCUACUUGCUAUCCUUAAUGCAUUGCUACUUCGGGGAGAUGUUGAGCUUGGAGUUGACAGCAGGGAAGUCAAGGGUGGCCACUUGGUUAGCAUUGUAGCAAAUGCUUUAAUAGAUCUUGCACCGCGAGGUAACAAUGCCAAUAAUCCCCAGCAGCAGAACCUUAUUCAGCAAAACACCAACGAUGCUGUACAAGUGUUGGAUAAACUUCUCACAGGACUUGAUGUCAAUGUCAGGUUCUCAGGAGUCCAAGACUUUGAGUUCACAUCAGAACUUUGUGUGUUUGAUGGCCUGAGCAUCCCACUCUACCAUGGCUGGGUUGUGGACCCUGAGUGGCCAGCAGCUAAGGUGGUUCAGGAACUCACCUACAACCAACUCACCAAUAAUAUCCUUACGUGGCGACAUACAGCCGACCAUACCAAUGAUGAUCUCUUGAUCAUGAAGGCUGUGUUGUGCGAGGAGUUCCUGCAAUGCACCAGCUCCCAGCUGACGGUGCACGGGCUCUUUGCUCUCGGCAGCACCAUGAGGGACCAGGAGGUCGCUGUGCUCUUCAGGAACAAUCAUUUCUCGACCAUUUACAAGCAUAAGGAGCAGUUGUAUCAGCUGCUGACAGACCAAGGCUUCUUGACUGAGGCAGCUGUGUGGCAGACCUUGUCUGAUGUUGAUGCAAGCUUCUCUGAGUUUGUGACGGAUUCUUUUGAGCCUUGGCAGCUACAACCUCACACCUCACCAGCAGUCAGCAUGACUCAGGAGCAACAAAUGACAUCGGACGAAGAGAUCGCCCGGCGCCUGCAGGACGCGGAAGUUCGAGCGGCAGAAUCCGCGGCCCAGGCUGGGACGGGCGAGGACAGCGGAGCCACCAGGGCGUCUGUCGCACCUUCAUCGCCUACCAAACCCAGCAAGAAGAAAAAGGAUCAGUGCUGCAUUUUAUAGCGAAGCACGCGCAGCUCGUUGCUCAGAGCUCCCGUCACCCACCGGCGGCCUUGUCCGCUCGCCUUCUUCAGACUUCGCUGCUAGCCCAACACCGCCUCAUUUGUUCAUGAUAAUGGCAGGAUUAGCAUUGUGACGAGUUCAGUACUUUAUCAG